AUGAUUUCACUCCUAGAUCUACCUGUUGAGCUCGUGCUGCUUAUAAUCGACUGCCCCUUCUCCCAACUCGCCGCAACGGAACCAGGCAACAAUGACGCUUCUAUCGCAACCCAAAAAGACUUGAACGCGCUUUCACAAACAAAUAAAUGGCUCUAUGAUAAGUUGGAAACCCGCUUGUACAAGUUUAAUGCACAACAUUGUGGCCAAACAUCAUUGGCAUUCGGCGCCUUCCACGGCUAUGACACUGUCGUUCAGAAGUCUCUGGCAGUAGACUCAUCAAACAUAACAAGAGAUUUGAGAUUUCCAACACACGACUGUCGAAUCUUCCAUUCUCCACUUUGCUGGGCAGUGCAAGGGGGUAACGUCUCUAUGAUCAAUACACUUCUUCAAUCUGGCGCUGAUCUUCAUGGGGAAUGUGCCCACGAUUGCUGUGAUGCGCAGCUUCUUGGCCAGGCUGCAAAAAAUGGCCAUUUAAAUAUGAUGAAAGACCUUGUAGGAAGAGGUCUCCGUCCAGAAAUUAUGUGGGAAACGAAUUUCGCAAAUCUGAUGAAUGAAGACGAGCCAGGACGCAAAGCAACUCUUCGCCUGGCUGCCGAAGGUGGCCAUAUCCCGUGCGUUGAUUACACUCUUGCAACAGGAGAGUAUGAGAAUCUCACUUGCAAACAAUAUAUGCACAAAAUAGCGCUGAUUGUGCCUGCGACUGUGGCAAACGGUCAUAUAGAGUGUGCCCUAUUUUUGCUGAGUCGCAGCGGUGUCCUUGAGAGAACUGGUUUCUGUAACUGUGGAGGCAAGCCUGCCAGGUCUCUAGCUUCCGAUCUUCCCAAACUGACCAUGGUACUGGAAGAUCCACAUACCAUGGAGAGGUAUGGCCCUAUGCUUCUUUACCUAGGAGCCGCUACCGGUUGUCUACCUUUAUUUGAAGAGAUGAUUCGAUUGGGUGUCCAUAUUGAUACAAGAUUCCGCGGGGGCAACACGCCGCUCUGUCUUGCCGUAAUAGAAGCACGAUCACCCAGAGAAGUAAAGAGAUUGUUAGAGCUAGGCGCCGGAAUCAACGUGGGGAACUCGCAGAAUCAAACACCACUCUAUCUUGCCACUCUACUUCGGCUCAAGGGAGUUAUGAAGAUGCUCCUGGAUGAAGGUGCUGAUACUGAAACACGUGGGACUCGAUCCAGUCUUAUUCAAACACCGCUUUGCCUCGCUGUUGUCGAUUUUGGUGUUCCCGUGUCAAAUACAAAUCAUUCAAGGCGCGCUGCCCGCUCCCCCAGUAACGAGAUUGUGUCAUUAUUGCUGGAGAAUGGUGCCAACCCCAACUAUACCGAUCCAGAGUAUGGGAUCACUCCUCUUUGGCUUGCUGUUCGGGGACACAGAACGCUUUGGCCAUUUAGUAGGGAUGAUCUUGUGCGGUUGCUUCUUGAAAAUGGUGCAGACCCGAAACUAGCAUCCCGAAAUCAAUCAAUUCUGUUCUGGGCUAUAUCGCGCUUCCACUACGAUACGAUCAAGAUGCUUCUUGACUGUGGUGCCAAUCCCAAUGACUAUGGGCGCAAUUUUGAUGGCUCAAAAACCCACCACUCGGGGAAACCACUCUCGCCUCUAGCGAAGGCCAUGAAGCUGAAACAUUAUAGAAUGGCUGAGCUUUUGCUUGAUCACGGGGCAGACCCUCUUGUCUUGCACUGGAAGAAGGAGACGUCACUGCUUCAUGCGACCAUGUCUAUGAACUGUUCGUUCAUUGGGAAGAUGGUUGCCAUGGGUUUAGAUGUGAAUGAGUCUGUGAUGGGCCAGACACCUCUCCAUAUAGCUGUCUGGAAAGGUAGUGUUGAAGUGGCGGAAUUACUGCUUCGUCGUGGAGCAGAUCCAAAUAUCACGGUUGGGGGGCCUACAUGCUUUUUUUCAUCAAAUUCAAUACUGUGGUGGGCUUCGGCUUCGACUUCCUUUCGACUCUAUCCAAGUGCAGCUAUGGUAGAGUUGCUAUGUGCAUAUGGUGCCAGGGAGCUAUAUGAUACUACGAGAGGAUUCAAACCGGAGUUUGUUCCUUUGGUUUCAGGAUACUUAUAA